UAAAAUUCAUGCGUUAGGUAUGUCAAAGGUUGAGCAUUUGUUUGCAAACAUCGCCGGGCGGUAGCCAAUCGCAUUAACAGUGGGCAAGCCAAAAUUCUUGCUUAAUCCGCCUCAUCAGCCAAAUAGGGCUUUGGGCGGGGCUAUAUUGCGUGAAGCGCACAGUUGAUGUGAACGCAAACGAGCUGCAGUUCGUGUCGCACGCACUUGAUUUAAUAUAUUUUACUUUAUUGUUAAAUGUGUGUUUUUCUAUCGGGACAACAGGAAUGGGCUAUGAUUCGGUUAUGUUUUGUGUUCGUGUCUUUGGUGCGUUUAAUAUACUGUGAGAUAUUUCUUGGAUUCACCAUUAUGUGACGUUUUGGUGAGAAUGUUGAGGAAUAUGACUCCUUACAGAGUAACUUCAUUUGGGCUCUUCUUAUUGGUCUUAAACGGUGUGUUUGGUGUUGAUGCAAAUGAAGUGAAGUCAGUGUCAGUGAUGGAGGGAGAUUCUGUCACUCUACACACUGGCCUUACUCGCAUACAGACAGAUGUAGAGAUAUUUUGGCAGUGUGUUAAUCCAGGGACUCGCAUAGCUGAAGUCAAUACACAUGAUGGCAGCUCUAUAUAUGAUGAUGGGAGAUUUAAAGGCAAAUUACAUCUGAACAAUCAGACUGGAUCUCUCACCAUCACAAACGUCAGAAUCACAGACUAUAGACUUUAUAAACUACAGAUCAUUGGGGAAAAUAAAACAUCAAACAGGAGGUUCCAUGUUAAUGUCUAUGCUCGUCUGCCUGUUCCUGUCAUCAUCAGAAACUCUUCAAACUGUUCUGCUUCAUCAGAAAGAUCUUCAGUGUCAAAAUGUGUGUUGUUGUGUUCAGUGAUAAAUGUGACACAUGUGAGUCUCUCCUGGUACAAAGGAAACACUUUAUUGUCCAGCAUCAGUGUGUCUGAUCUCAACAUCAGACUCUCUCUACCUCUGGAAGUGGAAUAUCAGGAUAACAACACAUACAGAUGUGUCAUCAACAACACCAUCACAAACCACACACAACAUCUAGACAUCAAUGAUCUCUGUCAACCGUGUCCAGAACUCUACCGUUUACGAUGCAAAUGGUUGAUACCUCUUCCUGCUUUGAUGCUGCUACUGAUCAUAUUAUUGAUCAUAGUAUUGAUCAGUCAAAAACAUUUUUUUAUCUCACACUGUGUAUCUCACACAAAAAUUUGUGCUGUGUGAAUGCAAGCUAGAGCUAGAAUACUACAUAUUUGAUAUUAGAUCAGACUCUGGUGGCAAUGCUUGAUCGAUCCUAAAAUGUUAUGAUUUUUCUACAAAGUAAUUAUAUGACUAUUUACCGGUGUUAUUCAGGUGCAAUAUAAUAUGAACAAAUUCUAUUGAUAUACCCUUUGAGUAUUAAAAUGUUCAUCCUUAUUAUAUUGGCUUUAUGUGCCAAAUGAUGCCAAGUCUGUGUACGCACAGAAAUGCUGCUUGUAAAUUCAACCGAUGUUGUUUGAAUGGGUUCAAAUGUGCAAUUUAGUAGGCUUUAUGUACAGACAGUGUAUACAGUACCUUAAAGUAAGAUAUUGCCAAGAGUCAUAAGCUGCUGUAUCAACCCUCAUCCACUGUCAGGUUUGUUUUUUUAUGUUUAAUAUUCGCAUUAUUAUUGUAGCCUUGAUGCUGUAGACAAUUCUAGAAUCAGAAAAUGAAUUAUUACAGAUUUCUGUUUACUUAAAAAAUCAGCACUUUCACAUGCAAUAUAUUUUAUGGUGACUGUGACUAUGAUAACUGACGAUUUAAUGUAUCGCACAUGAUUUAAUG